UCUUACUUUUCUCUUCUCUCCUUAUCUUCUCUCUCUCUCUUUCUCUCUUCUUCUUCUCUCGGUUACAUUGCCCCUUAGUCACUGAGCCUCAGUAGUUAUACAAGUGUAAUUUUAGUUUCAUUCGUGCGACCAAUCACUUUACCCUUCUUUCUGCUUGUGUUUAUAUUUUUGCGACUCUUGCGAUUUGAUCUUCAUAAUCGCAAUUCUUUUAAUUCCAGCGAAAUUUUCUUAUUGCAAACUAAUCACCAAUCACGACAUUUUCUUUCAAUUGUUCUUGUGAUUCAUUUGCUUUUCUUUUCUAAUUUUCUCUGUGUUGCUUUUUUUUUCCUAUUCUCUCUCGUUCAUCAAGCAACAAGUGUCCAUUUUUCUUUUGCUUAUUUUCUCUUUUUUUUCUCUCUGAUACCCUCAUCUUUACAUUCACCAUUUUUCUUCCAAUUACAUUGAUUGUCAAUCUUCCAGUUUUCUUUAAUUAAUUCAAAUUCUAUGUGAUUCAAACAUCUGGUUUAUUCUUGGAUCAAUUUUCAAGUUCGUCGUCAGUCUGCAAUUGCUUAAUGUAAAAGCGUAAAAAACUCGCCUUUUCGGAUUCCCAAUUUUCUUCGUCUUUGGCCUUUUUCCUUUUCCACCAAUUGAUUGACCCUUAAAGACGAUAAUUUAUACAUCUACUAGAUGUAAACUCAUGUGUCCCGUUAAAAUUAACUUUAUUUUGUGCAACAACGUUGACCUUUUGAACUCUAAUUUAUGUUUAUUUUUGUUACUGGUUUAGCUAUUACAUUACCAUUUUCUCGUAAUCUAUUAGCACAAUCUAAUAGAUACGCAUAAGCUAAUAUACACAAACCACUAUUGCUUUGUACACACUCACACACCUAGAAAAGGAAUCCAUUUAUUUUGACAAGGUUGUGUUUAAACAUAAACAAAUAAUGCCGACGAUGACGAAUAAAGGUUCGGACUUGGUUAUGACGACUAUAAAAACCGGAGAGGAUGACCAGUGUAGAUCACUGGUCUGCGAUCCAAAUGGUAUAAUUGUCGCUGAAAUGGUUUAUCGUUGUAUGGUUUGUUUUUAUAUAUCUGAUACAAUGAUUGAGGCUCGACAACAUUAUACAUUGAAACACAUGGACGAUGACGACGAGAGGGACGCAGAUAGACCUGGAGAAUCAUUUGUGGAAACAGAAGAUGCCAACAAUAACACGACAAGUGGAUUAAAUCAUAAUCACAAUCACAUUAACCAGUACAGUUUAAAUGGUAAAAACAGUCGACACAAUCAUCACAAUUCAUUGGUACCACAAGUUAACGGACCAUAUUACAAGAACUACUCGGGAGAUGAAGGUUUGUCACCCGACGAUGGAGAUAAUUAUGAUCCCUAUUCACCAUUGGUAACUAUGACCGAAGGUCUUGAAGCUACCAAUGGAGAGAGUUCACCCAACGGUGUCGGAGGAAAGAGUGGUUAUGUUAAUUGUGCUGUAUGUGGUGUCACACGUUUCUAUUCAUGUGUCCAACGUCGAUAUGGUCAAUUUACAUGUGUUACAUGUUAUAGAUAUUUUAGAACAUUUUUAGUUAACCCUAAAAAGUACUCUUGUCCAUCUUUGGGUGAAUGUCUUCUCAAUGUAAGAACUCGAUGUCGAGCUUGUUGGAUUAAAGCCUGUAUCGAUGUUUUUUCUGUAGACUUGCGGAGACAACAUUUGAUUGAAGAGUUUCGACCAAUCCGAGCUAAACCAGGAACCAAAGGAACUGGAACCAAUGGGACCCUAACAGCCGAAGCUUUAGCUGACCUCAACUUGGGAUCAGCUUCUACUGGACCAACACCCGAAGGAUCCGCUGGAUCAUCCAGUGGAGAGAUACCAACAAUGUCAAUCACGUACAACGCCAGUGUUGAUGGAUCAUUGGAUCUUUCCACCUCCAUUUUAAACAGAAAUGGAAACAACAUAAUGAACAAUAACAAUAACACCCCCACCACGACCACAACUAAUGGACACCGAGGUCGUAAACCAGAAAAACAAAUCUCACCCAAAGUUAAACUAACUACCGGUAAAAAGGUUUGGUCCUGUGGUAAAUGUGCAACUUGUAUGGCGGAAGAUUGUGGUAAAUGUAUAUACUGUUUGGAUAGACCCAAAUUUGGUGGGCCGUUCAUAAAGAAACAGAGGUGCAUUAAACGCCGGUGUUUAAACAAAGUGAAGAAUAAAAUUGCCAAUGGUAAUGCUGUUACAUGUUAAUUGCUGAAUCAUAUUAAUUAACAUCAAUAAACUGUGAUUCUUAUCCAUGGAUUGUAUUAGAAAUACCAUCUGAAUAUAAGCAUGAACAUAUUGAAAAUCAACUAUAAUCAUAAGCACAAAACAUAAAAAUCAAUUUGUAAUUAAGUUCACCUAAACUCGAGUCAAUUGAUGGAUCGCGGCGGAUUGAAUGAUCAUCGCAUGGAAAUUGUCACAAUAAUAUGAACCAAUUAAUUUAAUAUUACAAAAAAAACAUAUAAUAAUCAAGAUACAUGUAAUGUUCAUGAUCUCUCCGGAUUUACUCAAUUAACUUUAUUUCCAAUGGUUGAUUAGAGUUACUCUUUUUUUAUACAUAAAUAUUUAAACUAAACUAUAAAAACACAAUUGAAAUGAGUAAUUAACUCAUGAAACAAAGACGACGAAGCAAAACCACCUUGAAUCAUCAUCAUCACAAUUAAGAAGAAAAGAAAUGCCUUAAUUCCUGAUUGGAGAUCUCAUACUAAACAUUGUCACCAUUUUCACUAUUCAAACGAAAAUUGAACUUUUUUCAUCAUUUCUUCAUUUCUUCAUUUCUUCAUCUUCGAGUAUUACAACAGCAGAAACAAAAUAUCGAGAGAAAUAUAAUUUCCAUCGCAAUCGAUUCAUAAUAUCAACGAAUCAUAAUCACAAUGAGAGAAGGUAAAAGAAGGAGGUGGAAAUUGAUGAAACCAAUUGAACGCUUGGAACAAAUGUAAUCAAAUGGAAAAAAGAAAACAAAGAAAAAAUAAAAAGAAAAAGGAGAAAAAUGAAAAACAAAGCAAAGCAAAGAAACAAAGUGAAAACAUCGAAAGCAAUAAUUGGCCUUAAAAGUGUCCUUACGAAAAUGAACGAAGAAAAGCAAAGAAACGAAAAAGAAUUGCCUUAAAUCACCUCAAUUCGCCUUAUUAAUUUGUCGCAACAAUGGAAAAGAAAUGAUGGUUUCAAUUGGCAAGGAAUUAACGAGAAAAUGAAUCGAUUACAUUUACAUUGUGUCUUGUCAAUUGAAUUAAAGCCCGUGAGAGUUUGGAUAUUUAUUAAUCUUGUGGAUUAAUCAUCUGAACGUGUAAACCUUAUUUUGAUUAUUUUUCUUACCUUUUUUAGUGUAUUUAAGCAAUAACUUGAAUUAAUUAAUCUCUUGCUCUCCUCCUUUGGUGUUUGCUUUUUCUGGUCCAGUUUUUUAUAAGCAAGAAACUAAAACAAUUAUGUAAAUCAAUUCUCUCUUUUUCUGUACUCCACAUAUUUCGGGAUAAUCCUCUUAGAAAACACUAUCAAGUAAAAUCACUAAUCCAAUACACUUAUAAAAUAUAAAAAAAUUGCAAUAAAUUCAAUUUAAUCAACAAAAUUGGACGUUUAUCAACAA